AGUUCGGCUGGGCACGCGCAGAAAGGGGAAGUUGCUGGACGUCCAGUUGGCAAUCUGACGAAGUUGUGCUCGGAAACUUGAAGGCUCAAAACAAAACCACUAUGACUUCGACGAAUAUGUUUCAAGGGCUGGAUACUGGCUCCAAACCAAGCUCGAGAGUCUUGCGACCUCCUGGAGGGGGCUCCAGUAACUUGUUUGGAGGCUAUGAAGAGGAUGCAGGAGCAUCAAGAAGACCCAAUAAGAUGGCUUCUAGUGUUUUCGCCCCGCCAGAGCAGCCCCAGAGUGGACCCAAACGCUCCAACCCUCCAGGCGGGAAGACAAGUGGAAUAUUUGGGGAACCUGAACCUCCAGCUCAGCCACAGAGACCCAUACCUCCAGGUGGACCAACUAGCAACAUAUUCGGGGAUGCAGAAAGCGCACCUGUUGUGAGCCCAAGCCGAAGCCAUCCAAACAAGCCAAAGGACAAUCUAAGUGUGGGAAUUGAACCUGAGUCACCAGCACCUGUAGCCAAAGACAGCCAGUCUGAAGUGAAGGAGGAAGCAGCCCCCCCUGUGCCAGCCCAGGAAGAGCCCGCUGCUGAGGCUGCAGCGCCUCCUCAGCCUGAGCCCUCCUCCUCUGUCUCGCCUCCUCCUCAGAGCGCAGAGGCCGGUCAGCUGAAGAACCAUGAGCCUCAUCUGGGACCCAAACCUCGCUCGCACAACAGGGUCCUGAAUCCCCCCGGAGGAAAGUCCAGUGUGAUGUUCUACUGAUGAGCUGACCACGCCGCUCCCCCCCGUUUGUGUCCACACACUCCCCUCUGCUCUCCUUAUUGUCCUCUCUCAUUCCAGCACCCUCCCCUCUACCCACAGUUACUUCAACUCUACUCUACAUCAGAAACUUCUUGCACUUUCAGCUCUGUUCAACUCUUUUGUCCAAUCUUUCAGAUUCUUAUUUCAGUAUGUUUAUGUGCAGUUAGAAAAAGUCAAAAUAUGGUGUUCAUCUGACUAAAACUGGACUUUUAAAAAUAUUUCAACACAUCAUACAGCCUGUUAGCUGCUUGCUAACUUGUAUGCAAGAUCAACCAGAGGUCUAUUGUUAAAAGCUGAAAGAGGAAGGGGGGAUGUCAUAACAGACUUAGACGUACUUUGUCAGUAAUCAAUCAUCCCCUGAUACUUUUACACCAAUUACACUAACUAAUCUUAACUUUGCAUGUAAACAUACUGAUCGAAACCUGCAGUCAUACAAUCACUAAUAGGUCAAUCAACACCUUAGCUGUCCAAUAAUCACUUUACCUGUGACAUGAUUCAAUCUCUUUUUCACUGUCUCUGUGUUUCAGCAAGUGUACUUGUAGUUUGUUCAAAGGCACAAUGGUUUCUCAUUAUGCAAACAUGUUUCAGGAAUGGUUAAGAUGGAGUGUUUUUGCAAUAUUAAUCUUUAAACAGUCCUUGAUUUCAAUCAUUUGAAUGAACUGGUAGACAUGCUCAAAAAUCAGGACGCUUGUGUGAAACCUCAUCAUGUAGGGGUUCAGUCAGGAGGUGAAUAGAUAUUCUCACAGAUUAAAAUGUUUCAGGGAGUUCCUCUUGUGCCACAUUUUUUGCAUUGCCAGAUCUUCAUUAGCCACUUUAAAAUAAUGUUUAACUAACGAAAGCCUUAUGUCAGCUCAGCAUUGUUCAUCUUCUGUUGCCUUCUUAUUAAAAACUCCUUCAUUUGAGUCCAACAUCACCGACCUGCUGGUCAAACACAAACUCUUCAAAGAUAAAGAAACCAAAAAUUGACUUUGAGACUAAGACGAAUGCGGUUGUUUACUCCCAAAUAUUUCUCCUUUCUUAUCAAAGAUUCCAUUUGAUUUAAUGCAUUGUAUUGUGCAGGUACUUUUCUGCUUCGCCCUCAUUGCUUGCUUUGACUGAGAACAUGCCUCUUUGUAUUGUUUUGCUUGGGGUAGGCCUCUGUUUAUGUUUUAAAUUAAAACGGCUGAAGACAAGUGAACUCUGGACAAGCGCGUGGCCUGCCUGAGUCCAGGUGGGCUCAUUGAUAAUCAACUUCUCAUCCACUUCAUGACGCACAUUCAUGGUAUUCUGAUGCCAGCCUGUCCCCCUCGUGUUGAUGUGCCUGGCAGGCAAUGAGUGCAGCAGAAGAAUGAAGUCCUGUGUAUUGCAAUAAAACUGUUGUUUUGCA